UGGGGUAGGGUCCAGCACGCCCGCGACCUGCGUGAGGAGAAGCGGUACGAAAAAUGGAUGGACUUUAUUUGAACAUAAUUCAUGCUCUUUUUUUAUGAUUAAAGAGUAUAACCAAUUGUUUAAAAUAUAAUAACUAUACUACUACUGACAACUAACUAACUAUAUAUUUUACUCGUUUUUUUAUGAUUUACAAUAAACAAUUUUUUAAUGGCUAAAUGUAUGCAACAAUUACAGGACUCUUGAGCAUGUAGAUGCUCGUGUGUGGCAUAUUACGAUCAAAAUGGAUCUAUUUUUAUUCAAAGUAACAUUUAGUUUCACUAUUUUAAAUAAAUUUCUUAAGCUGUUUUUUAUGGAACAUUUAAGAAUUUUUAUUUCUUUUUAACUAAAAAAAGUCAUUUUCCAAUCGUACAUGCUUUUGUUUUUCGAUCGACCCUAUCAGUGAGGCGGUCUUUCAGAGUAUGAAGCCAAUGGGAGGCUCUUCUCGCCCAUGUGGGCACCAGCUCGGAGUCCGAUUGGUGGAGACGUUCCUCGCACCUCGCGCGCUUCCGCGCUUUGUAUUUUUGAUUGACGCUAUCAAAGAGGCGGUCCUCCAGAGUGUCAAACCAAUGAGAGGCUGCUGUUAAGCGCAUUGCAACAAUCUCGGAAUCUGAUUAGUGGAGACGCCAAUAUUUGUGCCCGCCCACAUGAACAUUAACUCGAGAUCUGAUUGGUGGAGCGUUUCUUAUACCUGCGCGCCCUUCCGUAUUUUGUGUGUGUGUGGUUUUUAAACUGACUUUUACUUCCUGUCUUGACAAAAAGCACACCACGGCGUCGUUUGGACUUACUGGACAGCUAUAUUUCUCAAAUAUUACGGUGAGUAUAGAGUUUAAAGUUUGGUGACGCUUCGAAAAAGAGGUUUUAAAAUAAUGCUAACCAUAUUUGGCGAUCAAUAAAGAACCUGAAGCGAACCUCUUUGAGGAAAGGCUUGGUCAAACAUCGUGUUCAUUGCAAAAAGGCUUUUGAUGUUUCCUCGAUGCUGAGCCUAAACUAUUGUGACGUUUUAUGAUUGAAUGCAUUCGGCGCUUUUACGGUCCAUCCGAGUUUCUAGAUCGCGUCGGGGAAACAACAGAAAGCGGCUGCCAACGCUCGCUUGACGGAUGACAUCCACGCCGAACACACCGGCGGACCUUCAGACAUCUGGAUCUACUGCACUUUUGAUGGCGGAAAGCGCGGCCUUGUCGGCGUCGGGCGUUAUGGAGGCGGCACAGAUCUCCUCUCCGGAACCUCCUCCUCCUCCUCCUCCUCCUCCUCCUCCGCCGCCGCCGCCGCCGCCACCUCCUCUUCUCCCUCGCCUCCUCCCCCAGUCGUCGUCGUUCCAGCGCCGCUCCAUGAAAAAGUUCUACUGGGACGCCAUCCCCAGCCAGCGCGUGCUGGGCAGAGUCAACGUGUGGACCUUGGAGCUGCCCCCCCGAGAACUGGUGCUGGACACCCGCAGCAUGGACGAGCUCUUCAGCCGCGUCGACCGGCGUGCGGCCGGCUGCGGCAGACUGAGGUCCCGCGGCACAUACGACAUCCGCCCGCACGAGCCGCAGGUGGGUAUUCUGGACUCCAAAAAGAGCAUGAACAUCGGCAUCCUCCUCAGAUGUUUUAAGAGGCCGCCGGCAGAAAUGGUGGACGACAUCGUCCGGGGCGACUGGCGCGCCUUCGGCGGCGGCAAACUGUCGGAGCUCUGCAAGCUGCUGCCCGACCGAAGCGAGGUGGAGCGACUGGUGUCGUUCGCCGGAAACCCGUCGCUCUUGGCGGAAGCCGAUCGCUUCGUGGUGCAGCUGGUCAAAGUGCCGCACUACGAGGAACUGCUGAAGGUGAUGGUCCUGCGCCAGGAGUUCUCGCCGCUAGUGGACGAGGUCAACAGGUCGCUGACCGUCAUGAUCAAGGCGGCUAACGAGCUGCUGGACUGCGACGACCUUCACGCCGUCAUCCGCCUGGUGUUGAAAGCUGGGAAUUACAUGAACGCUGGCGGCGACAGCACCGACGCCAUCGGCUUCAGGAUGGCGUCGCUGCUCAAGAUGGCCGACACCAAGGCCAACAAGCCCGGCAUGAACCUCAUGCACUACGUCGCUAAGCAAGCGGAGGACAUCGACGCUGACCUGCUGACCUUUCCCGGCCACCUGGAGCACAUCGGAACAGCGGCCAGAAUCUGCAAAGAGGAAGUGGUGGUCGACUUGGAGCGACAAGUCGAGAAGCUCAACCAGGUCAAACUGGACGCUGGCACACAUUCCGACCUCCACCAGCAGAUGGAGCCCUUUCUCAAGGAAUGCGAAGCUCAGCUUUGCGACGUCAACUCGCUGCUGCACGAGCUCGAGGUGUCGAGCUGCGCCGUGGCCGAGUUUUUCUGCGAGGACCCCAACAACUUCAAGCUGGAGGAAUGCUGCUCCAUCUUCCACUCCUUCUGCCGACGCUUUGACACCGCCGUGCAGGUGGCGCUCGCAACGGGAAAUGGGGAAUGCCGUUCGUCUGUUCCGGCCUCUGCCAAAAACAUUUUGGAGAAGGAAAAUAGCACUCUAAUUGUGUACUUUAAAAAGGCCUACAGCAAUGAUGAGAAUCGUGAGCGCGAGGCGGCCGAGCGGCGUCUGAAGCGCAAGGAGAGCGUCCGGCUGAGCGCCAAGCGCGCGCCCGCAGCCCCCGUCCCGGAGUCCAGCCUGGAGUCUGCUUUGCGCAGCCUCCUGUCCGCCGGCCCCGAGGGACCCUCCUCCGGCAGAUCCCGGAAGAACACCCAGCCGCCGGCCCCGCGGCCUCCCGCCGGGGACGAAGAAACGGCGGCGGAGAGUCCCGAAAAGAAGCAAGCCAAACUGGAGGAGGACCGGGACGGCCCGUCCACACCGCGCACCCCUCGCCCCAGAACACGAGACGUUUUCUCAGACUAUAACGGUGACGGGGGCUCGCCGUGGACCGUCCUGAGCCCGCUGACGUGCUCCCGGCAGCGGCGCCCUCUGCGGGGCGACGCGUCCGACGCCGAAGAGCCGGACGACGGCGUGUGGGAAAGCGCGUUCCGAGGUCCUCGAGGGCGCUCGGCCUCCGUGGACUCAACACGCCAGUCGCCGCUGCCCGCCACGGCCGCCGCCUUCCGGCUGAGGACUUUGUUCCAGAGGGGCGCCCCCCAGCGCUCGUACUCGUCCGGCUCCGGGACGGACGGCGUCAGGAAUGCGGCCGGCUCCUUCCGCUUCAUUUCCUUCUUCCGACGCUUCGGAGGCAAAAGGGAGGCGGAGCAGCCCAACCUGAGACGAACAGAUAGUUGAACCUUGUUAUUUCGUUUGUGAUUUAUUCUUCUUCUUCUUCUUAUUUUUUUUUUUUAAGUUCUUUUCACCAUUUAAAAAAAAAAUACAAAAAACAAGGCAACUGGGAACUUGUCUUGGAUAAUUUGGAAUUUUGGGAGUCAGUCAGCACUUAAAAAUCCAGACAUCUUUUAUAUUUUAUUUAGCUGAGCAUCUUUUUUAUGUCUUUCUGUGAGUGCAAUAAAUGAUA